UUGCAGCGUCCCAGAGGCGCGCGCUCGCGCGUGUGUGUCCCCCAUGGCGGAUACGACCCCGAACGGCCCCCAAGGGGCGGGCGCGGUGCAAUUCAUGAUGACCAAUAAACUGGACACAGCAAUGUGGCUUUCUCGCCUGUUCACCGUGUACUGCUCUGCUUUGUUUGUGCUGCCUCUUCUUGGGUUGCAUGAAGCAGCAAGCUUUUACCAACGUGCUUUGCUGGCAAAUGCUCUUACCAGUGCUCUGAGGCUGCACCAAAGAUUACCGCACUUCCAGUUAAGCAGAGCUUUCCUGGCCCAAGCUUUGCUAGAGGACAGCUGCCACUACCUGCUGUAUUCACUCAUCUUUGUCAAUUCCUACCCUGUUACAAUGAGUAUUUUCCCAGUCUUGUUAUUCUCUUUGCUUCAUGCUGCCACAUACACAAAAAAGGUCCUUGAUGCAAAGGGUUCAAAUAGUUUACCUCUGCUGAGAUCUGUCUUGGAUAAAUUAAGUGCUAAUCAACAGAAUAUUCUGAAAUUCAUUGCUUGUAAUGAAAUACUCUUGAUGCCUGCUACAGUUUUUAUGCUUUUUAGUGGUCAAGGAAGUUUGCUCCAGCCUUUUAUAUACUAUAGAUUUCUUACUCUUCGAUACUCCUCUCGAAGAAAUCCAUAUUGUCGGACCUUGUUCAAUGAAUUGAGGAUUAUUGUUGAACAUAUAAUAAUGAAACCUGCUUGCCCACUGUUUGUGAGAAGACUUUGUCUCCAGAGCAUUGCCUUUAUAAGCAGAUUGGCACCAACAGUUGCGUAGUUUAAUACCCAGCUAAGUUAUAUAUAAUAUAAAUAAGAAUUAUUAGCAGCUGGUACUUCUGCUAGGGGUUGUAAAUUCCAGGUGUGAAACUGACCUCAAUCCAAUUUACAUAAUUUACAUAAAUGCAUCUUAAUGGAAAAAUAACAUUUUCCUGGCAUGUUAAAUCAAGCCUUUAUUAAAAAGUUUCCAAGAAAGUUCUGUUGUGUUGUUAAUGGUUAAGGAAGUUUGUAUUUUAUAAUAAAUGUAUCACUUUUUUUUUAAAAUGCUGCUGUGCCUUUAUCAUGUACAUUUACUUCUUUUGUGAAAAUAGCUCUAAAAUUUGUUUCAACCUAAUUGGUAACCUGAAUUUAUUUAUAGCUGGCAUUAGUUCAUUAUGGUAACAUUUACAUAUGUGAAUUCAGUGUAUUUUGAGACAGUAUUCUUUUGCCAUUUAUGAAUUUUGGUUGAUGAUUUUAACAGAAGCACUUCCCACUGUAUUUGGUUUUAAAUUGUUAUUAAAUUGAUUUUGUACUGCUUUGUUAGGACAGAUUUAUUUUGGAUGUGUCAUUAUAAAAGGACUUCUGUAUAUGUCUUAUGCUCUGACCUUCCAAAAUUUUAUUUCCAUAAUUACUUCUCUGGAUUUACAUAUUUUUUUAAAAGGCUCAACUAUAAGCUUGUUAACCAGUUGGGCAGAUAUUUGGGGUCACCUGACUCUUUUACAUCAGAAAGCAGUAGUCCUACAACUUUCCUUUCAGAGGCCCAUUGAGUAACAUUUCUAACAAAAAAAUCCCUUUUUUUACAGUGUGGACAUAUAGGUUAUUAGUAUUAUUAUAGUUUAUAAUAUUACCUAGGUCAGAUUAUUUACUACCAAUUUUCUUGGUUUCUUAGGCUUGAAUUUUCAUGGACAGUUGCAGCAGUUCAGGCACCUUUUGAAAGGAAUGUAACUGAAGAUUGAUCAUAUGACUGUACUUAGUAUCUGUUCUGAAAUAAUAAUGAAGACUAUCCUGUAGGUUGUAUACUCAUCAAAUCUGAUUUAAAGGUUAAAUGGAAAGGUUUAUAGGUAAGGUAACUGAUUGGGAAUGGUGCCUGAGGAGGUGUUUGGGGGAAUAGUGCACAUUUCAGUUUCAUGCUGGAUAAAUAAAUUUGGGGGAAUUGGAUGUAUUGUGCAACUAUGAUUUGAGUUGUAUAAUAUGUUAAAUCCUAUUUGUUGAGCUUCUAUCAACUCUAUAAAAUUUAUUCUGAUCUUUAUUGUUACAUGAUUGGAAAUGUUUAAAAUGUUGCAAAAAUUUUAGUACAGAGUAAUGUAAUGGUUUUUGUAACCAUUUUUCUUCUGUCUGCAUGUAAUUUGGAUUUCUCAAAUACAUUCAUUGGUAAUUUAUUAGUAACAUCAGUUUUCUUUUUGUUCAACUUUCAGAUUAUAGAAAUGUGAUAUCUACUUGAUAACUCGACCAUAACCAGCUCUUUUUGUAAUAUUUUUCUACUAAGUUAGAGAAACAGCCUCAUAAUAUACAGUUGAUUUUGUGUGUGUAUGUAUGUGUGGCUUGCCUCAUUAUCGCUGUAUAUAUAAUCUGAUGAUUUCAAGGAUUAAAUUUUCUAGAGCAAUAAAGUGACUAUGAUAUUAAAUAAUCAGUAUAUUUUGGCAGUGAAGUCAUAUUUAUUUUUAAGUUGCUAGGUGGUUUUUUUUGUGUUUUUUUUUUUUACAAUUUUUUAAAUCUUGAGAUAAUUUUAGAUUUAUAGAGGAGUUGGAAAAGUAAUAUAGAGAGUUCCUAUAUACCCUUUGCUCAACUUCCCCUUAGCAUCUUAUCAAAACUAUGAAAUUAACCCUGGAACAAUAUUGUUAACCAAAGUACAGAACCUAUUCAGAUUUCACCAGGUUUUACAUUUGUUAAUAUUUUUGUGUGCUCUGUUUUUACCGUGAUUAUUAUUUGCUUUUAAUGACCUAUAAAUAUGCUUCUGUUUUGAGGUUUGUUUUUGAAAAUUACUGUUGGCCAAAAAGAUUUUUCUCACAAAGGGAAUUCGUGUUGGUUUUAACAAAAAGAAUGGAACAUUUAGAUCUUCACAGUUUAAAACACUCUGUACUUUAAAAGUCAAGGCUUUCUAUCAAAAACAGGAUUAUAUUUCUGACAUGCUCAUGUUUGACUGUUCUUUAAAGGAAGGCUGGAUUUAUAAAUAAGAUUAUUUCUACACUCAUGAAAAAGUAAAUUUUACAACUUGAACAUUACUAGGUGUGUAGUUUGCAUGAACUUUUAGUCAGAAAUUCUGUGAUAUGAAAAUAUAUAACCAGCUGAUACAGCAUCUGAAAUUAUAGUAUAACAUAUACCUAUCAAAUUAAAAUUAAGGAAAUAAAACAGCAGUAUAUAGAAUGAAUGCAGUAGGAAAAAUAGCAGCAUAGCUGAGCUUAUUUUUACUUACAGGUUUUAAAAAAAGCUGAUUUAACUUCUAGAAUAUCUAAUUCUUUAGGAAGUGGUAUAGUGCUGUGGUUCUAGCACUUUUUAGAUAUUAUAUCCUCUUGGACAGGUGGAAAUCUCAUACAAAACCUACUUUAUCUAGCAGUGAGUCUACAUUCCUCUUCUAAACUUGAUUCCUCAUGAAUUUAAACUCUAUUUAACAUUCCAAAGAGAAUUUCUAAAAUAACAAUCUGUACUUAAAUGUACUUGGGAUAAAAUGCACCAAGGUAUAUUAUUGCUGGAAAUAAGCAAGAAUGAAAGCUAACUUUUUUUUUUUUUUAAUUUAGAUAUUUAGGAACAUCUCUUAGAGGAAAAUUCAAGGCAUGUUAAUAUUAGACUAGAAGUUAUGAAAGAUUUAUGAAGUCUGUUGUAUAACUAAGAAUUAUAAAGCUGUCAGAAUACUUCCUUUCUUCCUAAAAGUCAGGAUCACAAGUUCAGAUUAGGUUUGUAAGUUUAGGACAUAAAUAUUAUUCUUUCCUGAAAAAGAUAAUGAGGAUAGAUCUAAUACAAGUAGAACUGAUUUAGUUAAGUUCAAGAUCAGAAUGAAUGAAAUUAAUUUUGAGGGAUUGUGGUAAAGACCCCUGUCUAAUGCUAAGGAAUUUAUUUUGAUUAACGUAGUUAUUUUAAAGCUGCUUCCCUGCCCAAAUCCACUUAGGAUCUGCUAGCCUCAAAGCUGUUACCCAGAUUUAGACUAACUUUGCUACCUAUUCUGUGCAAAAUGUUGGGGGAGAAAGUAACCACAGACUGGCAUGUUUACGAUCAGUAGGUGGCGCUCUUUCCCCAGGUAGCCCCCAGUUACACAGGUCAUGUUGGAAGGUUAAAAACCACUAAACGGGCUGAGUCAGCCAUAAAACUAAGGAUCUUAAGUCCAUGACCUCUUAAAAUAUGUAAUUACUCAAUAUUCCACAAAUAUUUAGUAAGCGUUUAUUGUGAGUACAUUUUUAAAAUAGUGAAAUGUUCAAAAGCUGGAAAAGUACCCUGUUAAUAUCUGCUUUCUAAGUAAACAGUAAAAUAGACCACAAUUGUGGCCUAUUUUUUAAAAUUUCAUUGUAACUUUCGACAUCACCUAAACACAUCAAUUAUAAAAUUGUUCUUCAUUUUCAGAUGUGUAGAAAAAUGGUAAAUACAGUUUUUUCAUAGUCAUUUUGUAGGUACAUGAGGCAUAGGCAGUUCAUCCUCUUAAACUUCCAUAGAAGUAUAAACGCAUAUUGAAAUUUUUGGACGUUGUAUCAGGAAUGGUACCUAGACUUGUAAAUUCAGUUUGAGUUGCAGAGACAACUAGUUUAACACCUCAUUGAAAUUUCUCUAGGAUUAGGAGAAUUCUGCAGAGGCUUUAUGAUAGUAUAGGUCAACAGAUAGUAUACCAAAAGCAUAUGUUUAUAUAUCCAGGGGUUAUUUCCAGAGGUAGUUUUAAUGAAUGGUCCUCUUAUAAUAUUCCAGGUGGAAAGUUGUUACAGGAUCUGAAGUUAAUGAUAAGAAAGGAACAGCUAAAAUUUUGGGAGGUGACUUGACUUUGGGUGGUAAACAGAAUACAAUAUAUAGAUAAUGUAUUAGAGAAUUGUUCACCUGAAGCAUAUAAUUUUAUUAACCAAUGUCACCUCAGUAAAUUCAAUAAAAAUUUUUUGUGGGGAGGUUUCCUGGUAGUAGUAAUUAUUCUAGGACAUGUUUAUCUUCUAAGUGACAUUCCAGUGGAUUCUUAAAAGGAACACGAUCCUGUGUGAGGAUUAACUCUACAGUAGUCUUUCUUUUUGUGCAGUGCAAAUAGUAAAACUGACCUGCUUUGACUUUUAGUUGAUGUGAGAAGAGAAUAAAGUACAGUAUUUUUAAACAUCUAAAGUAGAUUAUUUUUCUUAGAAAGUGAUAGUAAAAAAUUAUUGAUGGAUAUCUUUGCUGGAAUCUAAAAAUUACCUCGUAUUUCAGGAGAAAAGGGCCCCAAAAUCAUUUCACUUUUUCCUUCCUAGCUUUCUGAAGCUACUUUUUUGAUGUGCUUCGUAUUUUUAAACCUUUUUUUUCUUGGUUCAUGGCAGUUUAAUUCCAAACUUUGCCUAUUUUUUUAUAACUUUAAAAUAAAACAAUUGCUUUUGACAUGAAUUUUUGCUUGCACGUAUAAGUUGAGACCAAAUGGGCAAAGUCUUGGGCAGGUAACAAAUUGUGAUGUGUUAUAUUGGAACAAAUGUAAAAGGGUUGCAAAGAUUAGAGUCAUAAAAAAAAUGCUUGAUUUAUAAAUGCAUUACCUCUGGUGCUCUAUAUAAUGGGAUAUAUUGAACUAAAAAAUUUGUAUAUAUAGUAUGUCAGCAUUUCUCAGUAACUUCUCUUGAAUCCAUUUUUAAUAUCUAAUAUUGUACAGGUUGGGGAGUUAUACUUUUCAGGCCAAUACUAUCCAGACUGUAUAAAUUUAUAAAAUAAAUUGAAAAAUUCAUCAUUCCCUGUAUUCAAGACCAAAGCACAUAAAUGCUAAUGUAGGGCUCAGAGGGGAAAUAUAUUUCUUCUGAAUAUUUGAGAAAAUGUGAAGUCCUUUCAAGAAAAUCUAAUAAACAUAAUAAUCAUAGCCUGCUGACACUAAGGGAAAAGGACCUCAUUUGCUCUUUCUUUUAUGCAGCGAUUUACUGGUCCCUACUGAUUUCCAAAUUGGAUCACUGUAGUAAAUUAUCUAUGCUGGUACCUGUGAAAGUAAGCCCUGGGAUCCAUAUUUGUUUUGUGUUCUGCUUAAAUCAGCAAGAAUGAUAAAUUUGAUGGUGUGAAAUUGGAAGUGUCAAGGGCUUUCUUUGGUGAUUGAGCAAAAUAAUGUCUCCACUUGUAAUUAUUGUGCCCCUUUUUCACUGUAUGUGCUUUGUAUAUCUAAUAUUUAUUUCAGUACAAAUUAAAUUGUUGUUCCUUCAUCUGUAUUGUUAUAUCUAAGAUUUUAUUGAUGUAAAAAUCAAAUUGUGUAAUAAAAACCUCUCUGGAUUUAA